AUAUAUGUAUUUGUGAUGAGGGCAACAGUAAGUCAGUUUCAUCUCAUAAUAAUAACAUUUUGCUUAAAACUAUGUGUGUCUCUUGCAGGUGCUGGUGAAUCUGGUAAAAGUACGAUAGUGAAGCAAAUGAAAAUUAUCCACGAGACUGGGUACUCACCAGAAGAAUGUGAACAGUACAGACCAGUGGUGUACUCAAACACUAUCCAGUCACUCAUGGCUAUCAUCAGAGCCAUGGGACAGUUAAAGAUUGACUUUGCAGACUCCAGUAGAGCAGAUGAUGCUCGUCACUUCUUCACGCUGGCAAGUGCAGCUGACGAAGGUGAAUUGACACCUGAGCUUGCCUAUAUCAUGAAGCGCUUGUGGAACGAAAGUGGGGUGCAACACUGCUUUAGCCGAUCUAGGGAGUAUCAACUGAAUGACUCAGCAGCAUACUAUCUCAAUGCCCUAGAUCGCAUUUCUCGCCCAGGCUAUGUUCCAACUCAACAAGAUGUACUGCGCACCAGAGUGAAAACUACAGGAAUUGUUGAAACCAAUUUCUCCUUCAAGGAUCUCAAUUUUAAGCUAUUUGAUGUUGGUGGUCAGAGGUCAGAAAGGAAGAAAUGGAUCCAUUGCUUUGAAGGAGUCACAGCCAUUAUCUUUGUGGUAGCUUUAUCAGGUUAUGACUUGGUAUUGGCUGAAGAUGAAGAAAUGAAUCGUAUGAUAGAAAGCAUGAAGCUCUUUGACUCCAUCUGCAACAACAAAUGGUUUGUGGAGACCUCAAUAAUUCUCUUCCUUAAUAAAAAGGACUUGUUUGAAGAGAAAAUUACAAAAUCUCCGCUAACAAUCUGCUUCCCUGAAUACACAGGAAGCAACACCUAUGAUGAGGCAGCAAAUUAUAUUCGCAUGAAAUUUGAGAAUCUUAACAAGAGGAAGGACCAGAAAGAAAUUUACACUCAUUUUACGUGUGCAACUGACACUACCAACAUACAGUUUGUGUUUGAUGCUGUAACAGAUGUAAUCAUCAAACACAACCUCAAGGACUGUGGCCUCUUCUAGAGAAUGAUCUACUGUAAAUACACGGGUGGUUGUUAGCAAGCCAUAUAUUUGGAGCCUCAUGCUCAGAUGAGCCAGAGGGGCAUGAAACCUGGCUAUUGUCCCUGCCCAUUACAUUCCCCUGUGGAAAGUUCACACCAAAGUAUUAUUAUACUGCUUGGACACAAUAGCCAGUUUAUAUAUUUUCUGAAUGAGCUGAAAUUGGAAUUGCAAACAUAAAGACAUGAUUAAAUGUUUAAUUCAGCUAGAAUUUGGUGUGCACAAUUGGACUCCAGCCACAUUGCACAAUGGUACAUGGUACCUACUUUUUCUCCAGCUAUGUAGUUUUCUUUCCUUGGAAAUGUGCACAAAUUGUAUGGACUUUAAUUGUGUGCCAUGUGUUAUUUGGGCCAGUGAUUACUGUUGGUGUUGUGGGCAUGUUUACCAGUCAGAUGUUCUGCUUCUUUGAGUGACAAUCGUGAUUAUUUUCUUCCUGAAAGUGUAUGUAUGUAUUAUGAGGAAUGAAUUGUUUUCUUUCUUUAUUACAUUCUUUAUCAUGUUGGAUGUGAUUUUUGAGUGGAAUAUUGAAGCUAGCAUUUUAAUCUUAAGACAGCAGCAUGUGGCAACCAGAAAACAUGUCUUGAGUCCUUAAUUGUGUUUACCUUUUAUAUAUGUGUAACAGCAGUGAUGUACCUCUGACAUUUUACUCUGUAUUUGUCACAAAUGUAGUUGUGAAGACGUGAAUGCUUCACUGCAUUAGCUCAACCGAGUGACAUGGAGACUAAUUAUUCUUGGAGUUGUUGGUCUUAGUUAUUUAGCUAAGAACAGAUAAACCUUGAUAUUAAUUUCUCCUUAUGGUAUGACUUUUAUUCUGAAAGCUUUUAUCUGUAGAAAUAUUUUAUUACACAGGCAACAGAAUGCCAAAGUUUGUCAUUUCCUUUUUCAUCAUAGCUUAUUAUCUUCAUUUGCAAGAAUAUAUUUGAAGUUUGCUUGUAGAAAUGUGUUCUGUAUGAUUUGGAACUUCUAAGUAUAUCUGAUAUUCAUGAUGACUUGGAUUUAAUAUGAAUUCUAGAUACAGGCAGGAGGUUGUUAACAGAAGGAAGCAGGGACCAUUCUGAUACAUUCUAAACUUUUUUUUUUUAUAUAUAUAUAUAAUUUCCUUGUAUUUUUCUUCCUACAAGUGUUUGGUGGUUUUAGUUGUACAGUGUAUAUUUAUACUUGAUCAGUGUGGCCAGUUUUAAACCUUAUCCUUCUUUGUUCUGUCAGCGUUCCCCUGCCAUAAACUGGAUUUGCAAAGCCCUGGGCAUUUUUCAGUUGCUGCCAAAGAAGUUUUUCCUAGUUUUUAAAAUUUCAUUGUUAAAAUUUAUUCAACUUAAUAUGUUUCAGUUCGAGUUAAUGUGGUUAUUUAUUUCUAUAAAUUGGCAUUUAGCAGAAAAUGUGAAAGAUCAUUGCAUCCUUACAGUAAUGUUACAGACUGUGCAAGAAAUUAGGGUAGACUUCUUAAAUGGCAAAAGCUCCAGUGCUUGUUGCUUCUUAUUGCUGAUUUUCUAUUGUGGCAUUCCUUUCUCUUGUAAAUUGUAACUCAAGAUGUGCCUGUUCAUUAGUAGAGCUGUGUAGACUUGUAUCUGCAGUUUGCAGAGUCAAGAUAUGGGAGGGAGAUGAUUUAUAUUACUAUAGCUAUAAAUAUCAAUAUUCACUCCUUAAUUGUUUGCAAUUUUCCAUCUGUGAAUGUAUGUACAAUACAGAUUAAAUUUCAUUUUAUCUUAUCUUAGUGUAAGUAUAGAUCUUCCUGCAGUGGUAAGAUUUGCCAAAUUGAUGUUUUAAAUAUUGGCUCAGAACUAAGGAACAAAGUUGUAAGAAUACAAAGGAACAAUGUUUUAAGACUAGUGGUAUCCAUAAAAUAAUUCAAAACAUACCAGAGAAGUGAUCAAUUUAUAAAGAUGAUUCUAUUUAGUAUUACACUUUGCUGUGUGGGUGCCUACAAAUUAUUUUUUGGGUUCUUUCUCUAUCAGAUAAGGACAAAAGCAGUAUAAGAUCAAUUGCCCUUAUGCCUAAGCUGAAAUUGAUGAAUAUUAAAAUCACGACUAGAAAAAAAAAGUUAUCAGAUCUUUCUUUUCUCUAGGUGUGCUUUUUCAGUAAUGUAACUCUGUAUUUGAUCAACUUUGAACAUAAAAUGUGCCGAGUGAUUGACAUGUUUGUGAACAUGAGGUGGCUAAAUUGUAAGUGCCAAUAUUGUGUUUGAAAGUAUCAUCGAUUCAUAUUAUUUGGAUAUGAGGUACAUUGGAAUAAGAAAAUUCUGGACUCGGUUAUUAUUUUAGAAUAUUGUUGAAAAUUGAUUGAAGGAAAAAAAAAAAAAAAAAAAAAAAAAGCCUUUGAAUUGGUAAUAGAAAACAUUUGAGCUAAAAAUUAGGGAAUGCGCCUUAG